GCCACCAGUAAACAAAAAAAUCGUUCAAAGUGUUGAAUUUACCGCAAUUUUUUGCUAACGCUGAGUCGUCGACGACUAGUACAAGAGCAGCUACCAGCAAAAUGACGGUCCAUGAAUUUAAAGUUGAAAUGACCUGCUCCGGUUGUUCGGGUGCUGUGGAAAGGGUAUUGGGCAAAUUGGGUGACAAAGUGGAAAAAGUUAGCAUUGAUUUGGAUGAUAAAACGGUUCUCGUUACAUCCAAUAUGUCCGGUGAGGAACUUUUGGAAGUUAUCAAGAAGACCGGCAAGCCGGCCCAAUAUGUGGGGGUGAAAGAAUGAAACGAAAUGUUUUGUCGUUUUCGACGUAUAGCUAAAUUAAAAUUAGAGGUGUGAAGAAGAAGAAGAA